AUGUCGAGCAUAUCUUACCAUUCGUCUGCACUUGCGGCCAGACUCGGCAUCGCUUACGCCUUCGGCCAUGGCAGCCCCUUUUACAGUCUGUUAGCACUGACCGUGGCCGUUGUACAAGACCGUCACAUGCUAGAGCACCACCUCGCCAUGGUCUUGUACGAGAUCAAUUCCUACAAAAUGAUGAUCUCAGCACUUGCAUCGGUAUUUUGUGCCGUCGUCGGCAUCAUCUUCAAGCCCGGUGCGACAAAGGAGCAGCAAUAUUUAGUGCCGCCAACCAGCGCUCGAGACGAUCCCUGGACCGGGCCAGGGAAGCCUCUGUUGUUCCCGUGCAUCACAACGCAUACGCGGCUCAUUCCCAAGAAACACUCAUUUGUGUACUCCUACCUUGUGGUGGGCGUGCCCGUCGGCUGGACCGGCGUCUGCGGCGGCAUAAUUUCAGUGGCCGCGGCAGGAAGCGAGGAAGAGAGAAAACGGCACAAGAAGGGCUGGUUCCACAUCGACGCUGACGACUACCUCGAGCGUGGAGGCGGCUACCUGGGCCUACGCGGCAAGCUCGACGCGCACCUUGUAUCGCAGGGUGCAGAUCCGGAGAGAUAUCCCUAUGCAUACUUUGUCACGGCCCCGCGCUUUCUUGGCUACCACUUCAACCCGAUAUCGUUCUGGUAUCUCUACAAUGCCAACAAGACACUGGCGGCCAUGGUCCUCGAAGUCAACAAUACCUUUGGUGAGAGGCGCAUGUACUAUCUCACACCCGAAACAAAGCCAGAAGUAACUGUCAGCGGGAGCUGCAAUGAACAGGAGGCGCGAACGUUUCGGCAGACGUGGCCCAAAGAUUUUCAUGUGUCGCCGUUCAACUCGCGGAAAGGGUCGUACCAGCUGCGUGCCAACGACCCCCUCGGACCCCAGAUGCGAGGAAAAGGACCCAUCGCCGCCACUAUCGUCCUGCGCACAUCCGACGCGCAAGGCAAGAUUGUCGCUGGCCUGCAUUCGGAGCCAGGCAAGCCUGUGGAAUUGCAAUCGCUCGAUCCGGCGGCAAUGACCCUGUGGCAAAAAGCAAAGUUCCUCGCAGCGUGGUGGUGGGUCGGCUUUGGAACGUUCCCGCGCAUCCUCACCCAUGCCUGCAUUUUGUUCUUCAAAAAGGGGCUGCAUGUGUGGUUCCGACCUGAGCCGCUUGCCAAGACUCUGGGCCGCGUGGCCGACGCGACCGAGUCGCAGUUUGAAGCCUUCUUUUACUUGUAUCUUCGGCACCUCGUCAACAAUGUCAGCGACGACGAUGGCCCAGGCACAACCGGGAACAAGCCGCUGGCUGUACGGUACAUUUCUUGUGGAAUCCGCGGCUUGCGGUCGGAGCUGCUGUUGUCGCCCUCUGCUGGUGCCGCUGUCGCUGCUGCAGCUGCUGCUACGGGUACCAGCAUCAAAUCUCAUGAUGCUUCGGUGAAUGGGGAAGUAUCACCAGAAGGCAUCGACGUAAUUGAAUUCCGUGUUCUCACGCCCGUCUUCUACACGCGCUUCGCUCUGUAUGCUCAUGAUGUGGAGGCACUGUUUUGUGAGUUGCGCGAGAGCUGUACCAUUGACAUCUCGCCACCAGCGGCGGCCGCCGUCUUUGCCAAGCGGCUUCUAUCCAAGCGGACGCUGCCGCCACAGCUUCAAAUACGGGAUCCUAUGUCGUACGUCUCGUUCAAGCUUAUCCAAAAGCUGCGGCGCCGGCCUGCUCCCAUCCCCCGGCUAAAGAUAUGGCCAACCAACAAGGACGCUUUCGCCUGUCCGCUAUGGAUGGGCAUUUCCUCUCCCUCGGCCACAAAUCGCAAGCCAUAA